GACAAGCAGCAGUUUGCUGUGUCCUUAGCCAUACAGGGACUGUGUGUACCUCUAUCUAUAUACAUAUCACACGUGUACAGGGAGGCUGCGGAUUAUCUGUAAGGUUAUGUGCUGCAUUCUUUUGAGUGGAAUUCUCAUCUAUAGCUCCAUGCAGAAUCAUUGGGACAUCUUUUGCUACUGCAUACACACUGCUUGUGUGUGCUGACUGCUGUGGUGUUUUGGAGGCUGAGACACACCUAUACUUCUGCAGUUUACACCAAUCAAGGAGGAGUUUUCAUUGAGACUUUUGCAGGAGUGGGAUGCAUGCACAAUAUCACUAGCACUACAUAUUUAUCCAUAGAGCUGGGGAUUAUAUUCCUAUAUAUCACCAUGGACCUACAGUCUCACAGAGGAUCUUCAGAUGUACCCUGAUGGAUAAUUAAAGUUGAAUAUUUAUUCACACCUAAAGAGUGACCUUUUUUAAAGCUAAUAAAAGGCAACAAAUAAAAAGAACAUGGAUAUUUCUGCUGCGGAUAUCCAGCAAGUUCUUUCAAUUGACCAAAUCCGUUCUAUUAGGUCGAACAAUGAUUAUGUGGAGCGUCCUUCUGUUUCAUUCCUGCAAACCUGGUCUAAUCCUUCACUUUCACAGCAUGGUGCAAAGCAAGAGUGGCCCCAUGAUCAUCUUGUGUCCUACAAUCACCAAGAUCUACAUCGCAGCCAAAGUCAUCAACACCAAUCCCAACAUCUUUCACAUGAUCAAAGCCAUUCCAGUAUAAGCUCAGUUUCUCGAAGUACCACUGCUUCAGAUCAAAGACUAUUAUCGGGGAUUACACCAUCUCACUCAGGGCACUCAAUCUUGAGGACACAGCCCAAAGAUGGUGACUUGAAACAAGACGAGUUUAUUAAAGGCAUAAUGGAGAAGCCUGACCGAUAUGUGGGUCACCUCUUUAUCUGUGAAGAGUGUGGGCGUUGCAUAUGUGAUGAGUGUACGCAAGUUCGGAGCCUUCCUUCUUGUUGGGUUUGUAACCAACGUUGCCUGUGUUCUGCAGAAAGUGUAAUCGACUAUGGAACUUGUCUCUGUUGUGUCAAGGGACUGUUUUACCACUGUUCCAGUGAUGAUGAGGACAACUGUGCGGAUGACCCAUGCUCAUGUAACCAGGGAUCUUGCUGUGCUCGAUGGGCAGCCAUGAGUUUGUUUUCCUUCUUCAUGCCCUGUCUAUGCUGCUAUCUACCUGCCAAGGGUUGCCUAAAGCUCUGCCAGAAAGGGUACGACAGAGUUAAGAGACCCGGCUGUCGUUGUGAGAAUCAUACUAACACAGUUUGCAGGAAAAUAUCCUCUUCUAGUGGCACACCAUUCCCUAGGCCUUUUGACAAACCAGUAUGACCUAAAGGCGAGUGUUGGAUAUGAUAAUAUUCUUCUUAUCUUCCCUACAAUUUCCUGCUGUGCUCUUCUUGGAAGAAUUUGGUGCCAGUGAUAGUGAAAGCCUUACCAAGACCCCAUUAACAAAUCAAGAGAGAUUUUCAUUUGGGAAAGAAAACAUCACAAAAGGAAAUGAACACUGUUAAACUUCAUAACAUUUGAAGAAGUAAUCUAAAAAUGGUGCUGCUCUUCUGAGUGCUACGUUAGAUGAGCUGUGUUCUUUUUAGUGUUAUGUUCACUCAGUGGGAAAUGCUAGUCAACAAAAAUUUACAAAAGAGGAUCUAGCGGAUUAUCUUUUCUGCAAUUCGGAAAAUAUAGACAACUUAAAUCUGGAUACAAGUAAAUCUAGAAUCUACGCAUUUCACAUUAACAAAUGCCAAAAUAAAAAAAAAGAAAGAAAGAAAAUCCCCUGAUUGCACUUACAUUUGGAAGAAACUGAAUGUAAGAAGUAGGGCAGCCAAUGUUGAUGGCAAAGAGAAGAUUGAAGAGGAGAGAAUACAUGCACCUUGAUUACCGUUUUGAUACAAGUAUUGAGUAUUGAGGACAGUAGAAUGAUCGAACCAGGCAAAAUGAGAGACAGUAACUGGAAAAAAAAAAUCAUAUGUCUUGAGAGUUUAGUUGGGUUUGCUUUUAUGAAUUAAACCCUUGAGUACAUAUAAUUUAAAUAGCAAAGUAGUGGAUCAUGGUGUCUGAUUUAUUCUUUUAAAUUCAGAAGGAAAUUUUAAUAAAUAUAUCAGCCAGGCAAAAUGCAUUCCGUCACAUAUACAAUUGUGUGAUAUAAACCAAAGAGAUAUAAUGUGCAUGAGUACAUUGUCUGUCUUCUCUUAUACCUUUAGAUUUAUCAUUUUACUUUUUGGCCAUAGUUUGUUGGUACAAACCAAAGCUUAAAUUGUUUGGAUACACUUAAACCAUUUACUGAUACAUGCACUUUUUCACCAUCUCUUCUUGUACAGAAGGGUAAUAUUUACUGUAAAUUUAUUUGAUAAACAAUGACUUAUGUUUUAUAUAUUUCUGCAUAGCAAUUAGGGUAUCUACCAAGAGCUGCAGACAGAAGUUUUCCUGCUAGGCAGGUAAAACAUUAAUUUUGAGAUUGUGACUCCAUAUUAAAGGGGUUAUUAUGUGUUAUAUUGGUUAAUAACUAAGUGGUGCUAGGGCCCUGAAGAUCAAAUAUUUUUUAUUAUUUGCAUUAUUUUUUCCGUGCCUCUAAACAAAGACAUGAAGUCAUAAUUUAAUGCCUGUACACUGUAUUUUUUAUGUCGGACAGGUAAUCAUUUGUAUAACUUACCUUAAAACUUUAUCUAAAACAAAACCUCUAUGAAUAAAAAGCUUGGUAAAAUGCACUAAUACCAAUUGACUUCAA